CUUGCUCCGACAUUUCAUGGAAAGUUUAGUUCUAUUAUUAUGUAUAAUAUUUGUGAAUUGUUAAAAGCAAGUUUAUAGCAAUGAAUAUUAGUUUUGGCAUUAAUAAUAGUAGAGUUUUCCAAAGCCUGUGAAAUAUUAUUUCUAUUAAAAAACGUUUAGAACACAACUGGGCGAAUGUGAUCAUCAAAACGAAGAGGAAUUUGACUCACCGUUAAAUGGGGAAUGGUUUAUUUCAACAAAAUAUGACACCUCUCGCAGAUAACAGGGACGUGGCUUGCUAUUUUGUAAAUAAAGUAACUCUUCUUAAAGGAAGGUAUAAGAGAAUAUUCUCGUUGGGGACGAAAGGCAUAACCACCUAUCACAACCAGUCAUUGGAGGUGACGAACAGAUGGCUGUAUUCGGACAUUGUGGGUUUGCGAGUUAUAAAGGAUUCGCCAGAGGCUGGCCAGUUCACGCUGCUCAUAAAAAAAGGCGAACGCAGCACGGAUUCAAUGAAGUUCUCCACGUUUCAUCGCCUCGAACUGUUCACUGAUGCCUUCAAAUUGUGCUCCAGUAUUGCCGAGAAGGGCGACAGUGUGAAAUUCAACGCGAUGAAGCAUCACUGGUCAGAUGUGCAGCUGCCUGUCUUGCUGGAGGUGACGGCUGUCUCACUCGAUCAGCUCGACACGGCCACCAAUCAGGUGCUGUCUUCCUACUGCUACAAGGACAUUCAUGCAAUACAAAAUGUCGAGGAUGUGGCUGGUGGAUUCGUCGUUAUAUCAAAGAAUUUCCAUAGAAUGCAUUUAUUUGCAUCAUUUGAUAGGAAUAUUAUCCACCAAAAAAUGAAGGAGAUGGCAGAAGUCAAUCUAGAACUAGAAAUUAAUUUCGUUGAGAGCAGAAUCACUCUGGACGAUUUCAGAGAGAGAAGACUUGGAAAAUACAGUGAUGAUGAGCACAUAACCUCAGUAUGCGAGUUCACCGUUCAUAAGAAGGUGAAGUAUCGGUCAGAAGGUCUGUUGGAACGCAAACUGUGCCUGAGCCAGUCGUGUCUGGUGGAGCGAGACCAUCAGUCUUACAACGUGGUCACUCUCAGGCCGUUGAAUAGCAUAACCGCCCUGAUCCGCGACCCAGACAAUCCACAACUUUUCACCAUAGAGUACAACGAUAACACAUCCCGUAGUUAUUUAGCAACCCAUAGGGAUUCCCUUUUAGCUACGCUUUUAGAUGGUGUGCGAGCUUCAAAAAAUCGAGAUGUGCAUGUGAAAAUGUGUGCUACCGAUCGGAGCAAGUUCAUUGUGCCAUUCGGACAGCAGCAAGAUGAAGAGAUAGAAUCUCUUCACUUGAAAUUAUUGAGAGGUCCCGGUGAUAAUAUCUCGUUUGGGGAAGCGAUGGAGCGAUUCAAUACAAAUGUACCUUAUAGUGGGCUGAAAUAUUCUGUCACUGCUGAAAGACGGUUUGCUGCCAACAAAGAGAAGCCUAUAAAUUUGACCCUUGAGUCAAUGAUAAAAAAAGACUGUGAUCCAGCAAACAUGUCUUUGCUAGAUUUGGAAGCAUUCUUUCAGGUUUUGCAUAGGCUAGUAGCAUCAAAAGUUGGAUUCAGUGCUUUCACCCAACUACAAAAUUUCAGACAGACGAUCGGAGUAAAGGUGGUGAAGUCACUGAAGCGAGACAACGAGGCGAUCACUCACGCGGCCAUCGACAUGGUGUGUGCUCUGAUGCAGCCCAUGCACGACGACUGUGACCUCAGGCAGGAGCAGCUCAACAAGUCGUCUCUGCUCUCCAACGAGGGCUUUCUCCAGAGUCUGCUCGACAUGUGGAUCGGACAUGUGAAUCGUGGAACAGGAGCCCUAGUUGUGACAGCGAUGCUUGAUUUCCUGACAUUUGCGCUGUGCGUGCCAUACAGCGAGACAACCGACGGCAAGCAGUUCGAUGUGCUGCUUGAAAUGGUUGCUAAAAAAGGCCGAGAUCUUUUCAAAUUGUUUGAGCACAAGUCGCUGACAAUUGUGAAAGGUGCGGGUCUGGUGAUGCGCGCAGUGAUCGAGGAGGGCAGCGAGGGUGUGGCCGCUCGGAUGCAGGAGUUGGCGCUGAGUGAGGGAGCUCUGCUGCGGCAUCUGCUGACGGCCCUUUUCACCGCUGACACCGAUCAGCGCAUGCUCGUCAACCGCCAGCUCAGCAGGCAUCUCGUCGGCCUCUGGGUCAGCGGCAACGAAACCGCAUUAAGUCUCUUGCAGAGGAUCAUGCCAUCUAGUCUCCUGGACUUUCUGAAUUUGGAUGAAGAGGUAUCGGACACCGUGUCGAUAGGAGAAGAUGCUCUCAACUUCAGGGAUAACUUGAAGCUAGCUCAAGAUCAAGCCAUCAGAGACAGGCAGAAUCCUCAUAUUGUUGCCGUUCAAAAGCAGAUAAAAAUACUGGAGAAACAAAUUGAGUCAACUCUGGAGCACUGGGGAAUGCCUUUCAAACUAGAAAGACCUGAUGAUACUCAUUCGAAAGCUCCAAUUGUUCUUCGUAAAAGAAGAGAAAGGAUCAAGAGUGUAGACAAUUGGAAAUUGUUCUACCAUCGAUUUUUCGAGGACCAUGCUCGCUCGAAUCUGAUAUGGGAUCAUAAGACACGGGAAGAGUUAAGAGAGGCGCUGAAAAAGGAAGUGAAAAUGUUUGUCAGCGACAGGGAAUUAUCUGGCAAUACUCUAAUAGCUUGGAACCAUGGAGAAUUUGAAGUCCAUUACAAUUGUUUAGCAGGUGAAGUUUUUAUCGACGGAUAUUACCUUCGAUUACUUCUUGAAGAAAAUUCUACUGAUUGUGUCAUUAAAAAUGUAAAUUAUUUCUUCAAUAGUUUGUAUCAUCGAUUCCUACUGACAAGACUAGAAAUGAGACCAAUGGUUUUGCAAGCAAUGGCGAUCGUCUAUGACAAAUAUUUCAAAGAAAUUGGUCCAUUUGGAGACACUAAGUACAUUGUUGGAAUGCUGGAAAGGUGUAUCGAUAGGAAAGAAAGAGACAGGUUUCUCCAGUUCCUCGACAAACUCAUGCAUGAUAAGAAAAAUGUGAAAGCCGUGAUAGAUGCGAAUGGAGUGCAAAUAUUUGUUGAUCUAAUGACGCUUGCUCAUCUGCACACUUCUAGGGCUGUAGCUCCUACUCAAACGAAUGUGAUAGAAGCUGGCAAAGACAUGGUGAGGGAAGCAGAAAAGGAGUGGUACUACGGAACUGGUGGUGAGAAGAAGGGACCUGUCUCAUUUCUAAAGAUGAAGGAGCUAUGGCAACGCGGUGAAAUCAAUGGGCAGACCAAGUGCUGGGCGCAGAAGAUGGAGAGGUGGAUGCCGCUGCAAGCCAUUCCUCAGCUGAAGUGGUGCCUGGCUGCCAAGAGUGAACCGGUCAUGAAUGAGAGCGAACUGGCUUCUCUCAUUCUAAGCAUGCUCAUCAAGAUGUGCGAGUUCUACAAAAGCAGAGACUCGAACGGAGCGGUGAUCUGGCCAAUGCCUCGCAUCAAGCGGGAGUUGUCUGACCCGAACUGCCUGCCGCACAUCGUGCAGCUGCUGCUCACCUUCGACCCGGUGCUCGUGGAGAAAGUGGCAACACUGUUGUGCCACAUUGCCGAGGACAACGCUCUCGUGUCCAAGCUCUACGACACGGGCGUCUUCUACUUCAUCAUGAUGUAUCGCGGCUCCAAUCUGCUGCCCAUCGCUCGCUUCCUCAAGCUGACACAUACCAAGCAGGCCUUCAAGUUGUCUGAUGAGGAUCAUUCUUCAGAGUUGAUGCAAAGGAGUGUGUUAGGUCAACUUCUUCCAGAGGCUAUGAUCUACUACCUGGAGAAUCAUGGCCCAAACCAAUUCACCAAGAUCUUCCUUGGAGAGUUCGAUACUCCAGAAGCUAUUUGGAACUCUGAAAUGAGACGAUUUUUGGCAGAGAAAAUAGCCUAUCACAUAGCUGAUUUCACUCCAAAGCUGCGUGGCAACAACAGGCUGACGUACAAUUACUGCAGCAUUCCAGUUGUUCGCUACCCUCAGCUUGAAAAUGAAUUCUUCUGCAACAUUUUCUACCUGCGGCAUCUCUGUGAUACUACUAAAUUUCCCAAUUGGCCUAUCGAACAUCCGGUUAACCUGCUGAAAGAUACGCUGGAAGCGUGGCAGGGCGAAGUGGAGAAGAAGCCGCCGGCCAUGUCGGUGGACGAGGCCUACGAGGCACUCGAACUGGAGCCGGGUCAGCACCACGAUCCAUCUGUUGUCAGGAAAGCCUACUACAAGCUCGCCCAGAAGUAUCAUCCCGAUAAAAAUCCUGGAGGAAGAGAUAAAUUUUUGCUGAUGAAAGCAUCAUACGAGUUCCUAUGCAGUCGCAGUUCCUUCUCGGGAAGCAAACCGGAUCCUAACAAUAUCGUUCUCAUUCUUAAAACACAGAGCAUCCUGUUCAGCAGAUAUUCUGAAGAUCUACAGCAGUAUAAGUAUGCUGGCUACAAACAGCUCAUAAAGACAAUUCAGCUGGAAACGGAUGACGACCAACUAUUCUCGAAAACAGCUCCGCUUUUGGUUGCUGCCACCGAAGUCACCUACCACACGGUCCGGUGCUCUGCUCUCAACGCUGAGGAACUAAACAGGGAAAAUGGAUUUGCAGUAUUGUUGGGCUCCUACUCGCGAUGCGUUUCGGUGCUGAGUCGCUCGUCGAAGCCCGACGAUAUUGCAGUGCAAGUCUGCUCGAAUUGCACCAAAACAUUCAGAGUCGCUGCUCAGUUCCCAGAAUGUAGGAACAGAUUCUUCGGAAUGCCGCAACUGAUUGCUGAUCUAGCAAGAAUACUUCAUUUCAAGAACCUACCAAAACUGUGUUUCGAAGCAGCUGAGUGCAUGAGCUGUUUGGCGGUCGAUACGAGGCUGCAGCAUGCACUGUUGCGUGCGGGUGUGCUCUGGCACCUGCUGGCUUUCCUCUUCAACUACGACUACACCCUGGAGGAGUGCGGUGUCGAAAGAUCAGAGGAGGCCAACAAUCAGGAGCUGGCCAAUAACUUGGCGAAAAUGUCGGUGAAAGCUUGCGCAAGAUUGGGUGGAUACCACAACACAGAUGAAUCUGAAAGUCCACGAAAUCCUGUCAUCCAGGAACUUUUCAACCGAUUGUUCACGCCAUACCUGGCUCAAAUGUUUGCUAAUGAACAACCAGAAGAAUUAUUGAAACUGCUGACAGUGAAUAGUGAAACGCCGUACCUGUUGUGGGACAACACGACCCGAGCCGAGCUGAAUGACUUCCUGGACGAGCGCCGCUCGAUGCAGCCGCACGAGGACUCGCUCGACCUCAUCUCGUUCGAGUUCUCCAACUACACCUCCGAGCUCAUCAUCGGAAACGUCUUCAUAAGACUCUACAACGAACAACCCACAUUUCCUAUACAGAAUGGCAAAGGUUUUGUUCUCGAUCUCCUUGAUUACAUCAAGGCGCACCAUCCAAAUCCAUCUCAAAACAAUCCCUCAAACCCUGAGGAAUUGUCCAGAAUGAUGAUGGCGCUUCAAGCACUCUACAACGUCAUCGAGAAUAAUCCGGGUCUUGAAAUGCAGUGCAUCGGCCACUUUGGCCUGCUGUUCCCCCUGCUGAGCCUGGACAGCGCCCGGCCCAUCCAGGCCAACGUGCUGAAUGUGCUGGCUCUGAUCACACGCAACCAGGAGUGCGUCAAGGACAUCGCCGCCUCCCAAAUGCUCGUGCACCUGCUGCUCGUCAUCUACUCCCUCGACGAGACGGCUCGGCGCACUGUGUCGCUCAACAUCCUCAGGCCGCUCACCACCUCCACCGCUAUUGUCAAAGAUCUCCUCGCCAAGGGUGGUUACAUCUACUUGCUGCACGUGGUGUGCAACGCGGAGGCCCACAGCGUGCGCGUGGAGGCGGCCGGCCUGCUGGGGCGCGUGUGCUGCGACAGUCUGUCAGGGCCACGCGUACGCCUGGCGCUGGCCAAGUUCCUGCCUGACGCCAUCUGCGACGCCCUGGAUGACGCGCCAAUCGACUCCAUCCGUCUGCUAGAGCUCGAUCAGGAGAACCCCGAGCUCGUCUGGGACACCGCCUCGCGCCGCCAUGUCUUUGAGACUGUUGCCGCGCUUGCCAGGAGACACUAUGAAAAUCAGAAGAUCAACCAUAAUGCUCAGCUGAAGUUACCUGACAAAGCGAUUCACAGCUUGGAGAAGAAAGAGAUAGUUGUGGGUGGCGUGUACAUUCGUCUGUUCAACAACAGCCCGGGCUGGGCACUGAGAAGGCCCAAAGACUUUCUAUCAGCGCUCCUUGACUUUGCCUUGCAGUUAAUGUCCAAGGAUCAGCUGAAUAUUGAGACAGUGGACAUGACAGUGACAGCGCUGGCUAACCUGCUGCAGGCUCAGCCUCAGUUGGCGGACGAAGUGCCCGCUCUCGGUCACAUUCCGCGCGUCUGCGCACAGAUCAAAGCCACACACUACCGCCCGCAGAUACCGCUCGCCAUUUUCCGCAUACUCUACCAUCUGGCCAAGAGCGAGGCCUGCAUUGAGAGUUUGGCGAGAACAGAUGUAUUGAAGCCCAUGAAGCUCACCAUGCAGAAACAUACUGAAGUUGUCGGUCUAGGCUGUGAAACAUUCGUUAGGCUUUUCUUAUCCAAGAAAGAUUCGCUGAUCGAACAGGCGCUGAACGCCGACCUCGUGCCGUACCUGCUGAGCAUGCUGGACAGCCGCCUGGAAGGUGCAGAGAACACGGCACGCUGCAAGGCGUUGAUUGUGAAGGCACUGCAGUCGAUCGCCAAGAGCCAGGAGCACGGCAAGGCAGUCACCAGCCUGCUCGAGCAGUCGCCCGUCUGGGCCUCCUAUCGCGACCAGAACCACGACCUCUUCAUAUCCAGUUCACCCUCCCAGAACUUCUUACAGGGUGUUCCCACUCGUGCUAAUUACCUGACACAGGGUGUUACAAAAACUAUGCCCAGUGUCCCACCAAUGAUGGGGCGAGACGACAGCAGAUGAGGAGGAUCUCCGUUUGCUUAAAACUUCGGUUUACAAUCAUUUUCGCUGAUCAAAACAACUAUCGCACUGGUGCUAAUUAACCAUGUGUUGUAGAUAUAGGUUAAUAGAGUUAUAUAUUUAUAUGUUAUGAAUAUUUUUAUUCCGAAGAGAUAAAGGCUGGUGUCAACUGUAGUGAUAGUCUUCAUUAUCUUUCUCUAAUGUAGAAAGUGAAGCACAUAGCAAGGUGGGUAUGAAAAGUCAUAAAUAUUAAUGCUACUCAACUCCCACCAUUCACAAUACUGUGAUCGACUUGAAAGAAUCGGGAUUUGUCAAAUUUAAAAAUUGCUAGUUUGUGAGAGACAGUAGUUUGAAUUACAUUAAUUACGUGUCAUUCUAUUUUAUAACAUAAUUUUUUCAUACUCAAUCUUAGAUUAUUAUCUCAAAUUCAUCCCAUGAUGAAUCAAUCAUUAAUCAUCUUCUUAUUGAUUUAGUUUCCCAUUUGCUAAAACUCAACUGUUUUAAAACUUGCCAUUGAUUAUUUUAAAUGUUUUAAACAUAAUCAUCGAAAAAGUAUACUUAUUAGAACAUAAUAUAACAUUAAAAUGUUACUGGUAAACUUACUCAUUCAUCAAUUAUUCCUUUUAAAUUAUUAUUCAUAUUUAUUACUGUAUAUUUUGUAAAAAUGUUAUAUAUUUUUAUACGGAGUGAUAGUUCCGUUAUAGAAAGUAUGCUAUGAUUAUUAUUAUUAUUAUUAUUAUUAGGUUUAUUGUACAACUACCGGUAUCAAUGGAGCAUGUAUAUAAAUCUAGUUGAAGUAUUGUAUAAUAAUAUUUGUUAUGUGUUAGUAAUGUUUCUAAGUAUUCACCAGCUCUUUUUUAAUGUAACUCAAUAAUGCAUUUAUAUGUACAAUUAAUGAAAAGCAAUAAUAUAAAGCUUCAUAAUUAUCGUAAUCAUGUAUGUUCUCUGGUUUUUCAUGAUGGUAAAAUAUGAAUUGUAUUUUAAAAAGUAUGCAAAUUUGUUUUAGUACAAUUUGUGCUUUUAGAAAGUAUCUAAUAUGUAUUUCAAAACCAAAUAUCUAUGACUCGAAACUUAUUUUGAUGAGUAUAGUGUAAUUAAGACACUGGGAAUAGUUGAGUGAAAGAAAUGCUUUUCAAUCCUAUUUAAUUUUCCUCAAUAUUUUUACAGAAAUCCAUAAAAUCACGUUCAUUAUUGACGCAUUAUAUAUGUGGGCUUUGUUAGUUUAUAGCUUAACGUUGUUGGCUCAAAAUCCGCCAAUGUUUCAUCUAUGAAUUUCUAGUCUUCCCGGAAACAUUUGAACAAAAUCUAAAAUUUCUAUCCAUAACUUCAGUUGAUUGUUGUUUCUAUUUACUUCCAAAUAAAUAACGUAUCUAGUCAUUUUAAUAUUGGUUUCUCCUUUUACUUACCUACAUGAACCAUCAAUGAUUUUUUCCGGAAUCUGUACAACAGGUUUUGAAUGAAAAGCAAUAAUAUAAAGCGCCUUAAUAACCUAAUAAUGUAUGUACUCUUGUGAUUCAUGAUCACGACUACAGUAAUUUAUUUGGAAAUAUUUUAUAUUUGAAGUUUCAUUGUGCAUGAUAUAAUUCUUCACUGUAUCUGAUUCCAAAUUAAAUAAAGACCUAGCAUUAUUUACUGCUAGUUUAAAGAGUGCCUUGCUUGUACUCCAUUAAUUAUUUAGCACGAAUCUGCUUUGUUAAUGAAAUUAUCAUCGAUUAUAAUGUAGGUUUUAUUUUCGUGAUCCAUUAUUAUUAUUUGUUUGUUUUUUUUCUACAUAAGAAAAUAUAAAUAUUUUCUACAGAAUUCAUUACUUGAUGUAUUGUGUAAAAAUAGCCCAUUUAAUAUUUUUGUAACUAAAAAAUAUUAUAUUUUUUAUGUAAUAAAGUACUGAAGUAUUGUAUUUUGUUUACAAGCUAAUUCAUGUUCUUCAGGCUGGAAAGUACGUAAACUGAAAACUGUAGUUCUGUAGUUAACAACGUUGAUGAUAGAUUAUUUAUUAUCACCUCUUCUCUGCGAACCUUCGGUUUGAACUAUUCUUAUUAAUAUUCUUAGUUAAUUGAGGUGUUUCUUCAGAAUUUCCAAGUAGAACGAUAUCAGAAGUGCCUUAUUUCCAAAAUAGGGGCAAUAUUUUUAAUCAAUACAAAUUGAAAAUAAAUUAGCUGUUAAAAUAAAUUAAAAUAAUGUAUAAUCAUCAUAGCAAAUCAUAUCAAAUAAAAGAUCUGGUUGAUAAUAAUAUUAUAAAAUAAGUAGCGCAAUGAUCCAUUUAUUCCUUGUUAUUCUAAUAAUAGAAUUGUACAGAUGAGCUAUACCGCAGUUUUCAAACACAUAAAUAAUCCAUUCAUAUUAGAAUGGAAAGUGUGAUAUUAGAACCAUUAUUUUCUACUUUUUAAAUUAUCAAUGUAUUUUGUUUUAAUUUAUUAAGUUAAAUUUGGCUGAUUCAAAUCAGACAAAAAUGUAUAGUAGAUUUAUUUACUCUUUAAUAUCGAUACCGUAUGCUAUAUUGCUUUCUCUGAACAAUAUUAUAUUAUUGAACUAGUUGAACUAACAGCUAAUGGGGAGGUGAACUAAGCAUGUCCUUGCUAGUCAGAGCCUCAAAUUAUUUUAUCAUGUAAUUCCUUGUUUAUUUUGUUUCACAGAUAUUUGAAAUGAUUAAUAAAAUCUAUUUAAAAAAAA